AUGAAAGCGAAGGGCCUCCAGAAGCUCCGGUGGUAUUGCCAAAUGUGUCAGAAGCAGUGUCGAGAUGAGAAUGGCUUCAAGUGCCACCGCAUGUCUGACGGGCACCAACGUCAAAUGCAGCUCUUUGUCCAGGAUCCGAAUCGUUUCAUGGACGAGUUCUCCCAGGAGUUUGAGAGAGGCUUCAUGCAGCUAAUGAGCCACAGCUACAGGUCGCAAAGAGUUCUUGCCAACACGGUCUACUGUGAUUUCAUUUCCAACAGACACCACACGCACAUGAACUCGACCAUCUGGGUCACUCUCAGCAACUUCGUCCAGUACCUGGGAAGGACGAACCAGUGCACCAUCGACAAGACUCCAAAAGGCUGGUACCUGCAGUUUGUGGAUAACUCGCCGGAAGCCCGCUUGCGAGCUGCAGCGGCCAAGGCGAAAGAGGAAGGUGAGGUUUCUUCAGAGCAAAGGCAUGACAUUGCCUUGAAGAAAGCCAUAGCAGAGUGCAAGAAGGAUGGAGGCUUCCAGGAGUCAGAGUUCACGGAGCUCCAGCGCAAGGAAGGUGAUGCUCCGAUUUCUUUCAACAUGGCGACCGGAUCGGCCUCCUCAUCGGCUCCGGCGAAACCUCCUCCAGUCAAGGAGGUCUCGGAGGCUGCCGUCAAGAAGAAUGCUCUUGCGCAAGCGUUUGAAACACAAGAGACGACUAAAGAGGCGCAGGACACAAAGAAGCACAAGCUGAGCGCGGUGGAGCGCAUCCGAAUGGAACACGAAGAAUCUAAAAGGCAGAAGCUGCAGCCUGCACCGGCGUCCCCUUCUGAAAGUUCUUCUUCAGGCUCAGAACCUUGGCUAACGGAAGGCAUCAUCGUGAAGGUGAUGCAUCAAGACCUAGCCGGUGGUAAAUAUUAUCGCAAGAAGGGCAAGGUAGAAAAAGUCCGCAAGCAGUUUACCGCUGACAUCCGCAUGGUCGAAAGCAGGGACCUCAUUCGCUUGGACCAGGAGAUGCUGGAGACCGUUAUCCCCAACCUGGGCAAGCCAGUCAUGGUGGUGAAGGGUCAGUACAAGGGGAAGAAGGGACACAUGAGGACAGUGGACCUGGAGGCUUUCUGCGUCGCAGUUCUGCUCGAGGACGGCCGACUGCACACUUGGUCACCUGGUUCGGGUAGACAGUUCUGCCGCAGCGAGUCCAUCGCAACAGUUCUGCACGAAUCCCGGGGCCUCCAAACCACGGACCAAAGGCGGGGAGGGGUCACCACCCCCACCCUCCCGGCCCGUGGCCGGCUUAAAUAG